AUGCCACGCCAUGGAGGGAGUGGCGUCGUAAAAGAAAAGGAUAAAGACAAAGAUGGUACAAAAGAGAAAGUACAAAGCAAAGAGAAAUACAAAGAAAAAUCUGAUCGCAAAGCACAUGCGGAUAGUGAACGGUCCGGUCCAAGUACGGCAAGGCGUAUGUCAGAUACGGAAAGAAAACAUUCUGUGCGUCCUACAGAUGAGCUGAAAUUGUUACAGGACAGUCUUUCACAAUUUUUCACACCAUCUGCUGGAAGAAGGUGUCGCCAGCCGCCACGAAAGUUCGACGAAUCUGGAGUGAAUAGCGAUGACAGUGUUCAUCAUCAUAAUGACAGUGGUUGCGAAAAGACAGAGCCGCCUACUGGAAAAAUACCUCGACGAAAGAAGUCGUCUACUGAGUGCUCAAUGAUGAAUCUAAUACACGCUUGCACUUCUCAACGUUGCUUUUUCAAUUUGUCUCGAUCUUUAACUAAAUUGAACAACAUGCGAUUUACAAUUGGUCCGUUCAGCCGUGAGGAGGGGCUGAAACCUCUUACUGUCGACGUCGAAAGUAAAACGGAAUGUCCUGGCUCUUCUUCCUCGACUAGAUCGGUUACCUCUGAUCCAUCGCCUUCUCGAAGGAUGUGCGAGAAAUUGGUGGAUUCGCUGUCACCGUACUUCAGUACAUCAUCAGAAAAAAGGCGCACUACACAAAAGGGUGAAUUCGCUCAACUCCAUAGCGGCCGAACUAGGAAUGUCAAAAAAGACAAGACAGUCAAUGCAGAGCAGUACAGUUAUGAGAGGAAAACCUUUGUAGAUGUAGUGGCUCACUCGAGAGAUCAGUGUCGAGGUCUAUCAGUCAUAUGCGAUGUUGAAGUUGCUUACAGCGAUGAUCCAGAAGUGCUCCGGAUUUGA